AUGAUGUUAAUCCUCUUUUUGUGUUUCCUCGCUCUUUGUGCUGCGACUCCCUUGGAGGAGAAAAACACGAAGCUCCAGCGUGGCGGUUGUCCACCGUUCUGGUACAGCUUCAAUGGCCGCUGCUUUCGGUAUGUUGCGGCUCACCGGACCUGGAUUGAUGCAGAACGCCACUGUGUGUCUCUGGGAGCCAACCUGGUGUCCAUCCACAGAGUGCAGGAACACGAAUUUGUCAGAUUGCUGAUUGCGAACUUUGACUCGAGUCAUGGACGCACCUGGAUUGGACUCACCGACCAUCAUCAGAAUUCAAAAUGGAUAUGGUCUGAUGGAUCCAGGGUCGACUUUUUCUUUUGGAGUCCAAGACAGCCAAACAACUAUAGAGGAGAGUCAUGUGUUGAAACCAACUGGGGACCGACUAAGAGGUGGAAUGACUAUCACUGCAAUGCGAGAUUUCCAUCUGUUUGUGCAUUACGCACAGCUCACCCUUAG